AUGCAGGAAUGGGUGGACGAGUACCUGGUGUGGAACCCUUCUGAUUAUGGAAACUUGACCAAGCUACGAAUUCCCUGCGACAAGAUUUGGUUGCCAGACAUCGUUCUCUACAACAAUGCCGACGACUAUACCCGGGGUUACUACCAGAGCCGUGCCAUGCUCGAUCCCGGCGGCAACGUCUUCUGGCCGCCGCCCACAAAGUUCCGGAGCACAUGUCCCGUGGACGUCACCUACUUUCCCUUUGACGACCAGACGUGCAUCAUGAAACUAGGCUCCUGGAUCUACGACGGGCUUCAGGUCGACGUCCAGAACCGGACGACCGCGGUGGACCUGGCCAAUUACGUGCCCAACGGCGAGUGGCAGCUGCUGGAAGCCCGCCUUGUGCGCAACGUGGUGGUGUACCCGUGCUGCCCGGACGAGCCGUUCCCUGACGUCACGGUAACGCUGGUGAUCCGACGCAAGACCCUGUACUACAUGUACAACGUGGUCAUGCCCUGCAUGAUGAUGUCAGUGCUCACCUUGCUCGUGUUCUGCCUGCCGCCGGACUCCGGCGAGAAGAUCGCCCUGGGCGUCACGGUGCUCCUCGCCUUCUCCGUCUUCAUGCUGGCCAUAGCGGAGAAGAUGCCAGAGACCUCGGAGUCCAUACCCCUCCUAGGUAUCUACCUGACAGCCGUCAUGGCCAUCACGUCCAUUUCCGUCGUAAUGACGGUCAUUGUCCUCAACUUCCACUAUCGGGGUCCCAGCCGAAAGGAAGUGCCACCCUGGCUUCGACAGCUCGUCCUUAACCGUUCCCUCACUACCUGCUGCGUGAGACCGCGCAAGAGACAGACCAGGGAACACCUUUACCCAGACCCCUCAUAUCUCAGAGACCAGGAUGGCGAAGGUCGUCCGCUGGACGCCUUCAGACUCACCGUCGAGAGCUUGACCGCGGACGAGCGAUCCAAGGUGGAACUGGUCGAGAUCUCAAGCAACGAGUCCGUCAGCAACGUCCCAGAACCGACAAGAAACAACUCGUCGUCGACGGCAAGACACCGUCGAUGCCGCGCUUCAGCGGGGAGUUCUUCCAGGCGCGUUCAGGAAGAAGUGAUGCGGACGCUGCGGUACCUCCUGGAGAAGCAGGAGCGUGACGACCGGAUGACUAGGACUGUGAACGAGUGGCGUCAGAUGGCGCUGGUGAUCGACCGCGUUCUUUUCUGGAUCUUUCUGGUCGUGACGGCGGUGUCUUCCCUGUGCUUCCUGGUGUUCAUACCGAUUCAAAGACGCGGAUACCAGCUGGGAUGA